CUCUCUUGCCAAAAUUCCUCGCAAGCCAGAAAUCACGACUGAACUGAGCUGAAGUUCCAAUACCAUCACACACUGAGAAUGGCGGAGAAGCGGAAUGGAAUCUAUGGGGACGUAGCUGGAGAAGACACAGACGAGAGCUUCAACAGGACCUCCGGUGGCCCCCACAUGCGGGAGAGGGAGAGGGAGAGGGAGACCUUGUAUGGGGUUCUUCACCGUCUGAUCACCUCGAUUAUUUUCCCUGAACCGGAUAACGCGGCACCCUUGCUGAACCGGAUCAAGAUCUCCGUCUCCAAAAACGCCCCUCUAAUCCCCGAAGCUAGUAAAAAUACUGGGCGCGAUGUUCUUCUCUGGACACGUCGUGGUAGUCCUCUCCGAGCUCUCCUUGUCAUCUCCGUUGGAACAAUUACUUGUGUUGCUCUGACUGGACUACUUGUCUUUGCACUUUUCUUUCUGGCUGCAACCGUAAAUGCCAUUGUCAUCUCGCUUCUCAUGUCCUUGGCAGCAGCAGGAGGAUUCUUGGCACUUUUCUUUGCUUUUGUAACGGCUAUAUAUAUUGGAGCAUUAUCAGUAGCCAUAUUUACUAUUUCCGCCGUUACAUUUUGGACAAUUGUGGCUAUUCUGAUAACCACAGGCUGGAUUGGAUUCUUUUGGACUAUUUGGUUGGCGACUAAAAAGAGCUUUGGAUUUGCUAAACACUCGUUGAGUGUGACUGGCUCUGCAAUAUCAACUUACACUGCUGCAAAGCAUGGCCGCCGCCUAGUGCGCAAAGAUUCAGACUAGAAGCAAGAGACUACAUAAAGCAGGUUAUGCGCACAUGUUAGUUACAGCGCGGAGAUCUUUCUUGCAUGUUAUAUUUGGGUGUGAAUUCGAUGCCUAUUAUCACUUUGUUCUGUACUAAUGACGAUGCAGUAGAAUAAAACAAUUCAGGCUGUAUGUAUUGUAUUGCGAGCGCAAAGUUUGAGUAUAAACAGUGGGGCCUUUAUUGUAUAGUCUUGUACAGCAGAUAGGAGAUUGGACAUAAGUGGUAACUGUUGUAAAGAUAUGUAUUGUAGUAUUUAUUGCAUCAAUCAGAGCUCCUUCUUUGGUGUCAACAAA